AUAACAUAAGUUCAUUGGGAACCAAAUAAUUCAGCCGCCAUUAUUAUACGCCAUGUGAGGGGUCAAAGUCGAACAACGGCACAGACCAGAGAAAGCUCUUGUGUGCUAAUCCAAUUUGGGGACUCAGGGAUACAAAGUACACAAAACCUGCUUCCUGCGAAUAAACACGCUUCGGUGGACAUCAUGGCGGCCGCACCUAACAAACAGGCCGCAACAGGUUUCAAUUUAGACAAAUUUUGCGUCGAGAACUCACUUCACCAGAAAGUUGUCGACUAUCUUAAGAACGAAGAGUUCACAACGCCGGAACUUUUGACUUGUUUCGGCGAAGAAGACAAGGAGUGUUUACGUUCGGACGGCGUAGGGAAGGCCCACAUACGGAAACUUGAAGCUGCUAUCAGAACAUUGCAGGUGCCCCCCUCCCAACAUUCCCAAGGGCCAGGGCAUGUAGCCACCGACCAACACACCCCUGAAGCCAACGAAGAGUUACUACCAACACCUCAUUCUCCUCACGACGCCACGGGUCAUGUUGCUCAAGAUAUGCGGCAGUAUGAACCACAGAGGCUGGAACCUGAGUCUAUCUCCACCCAAAAGCCAGUGCCAAAGCCAAAACCAAAACCAAAACCAAAGCCAAAGCCAGCCAUUCUUCCUAAACCUGUUCGAGGGCCCCCUCCUGCUCUGCCUCCUAAGCCAAAGAAGUCCGUGUCGUCUCAAGAAUUGACGAGCGAGACAGAUGGACAACCUAUCCCAGAUGAAGCGACGCAGUUACACGAAGCAGAGCCUGUCUCCGAGCCCCCUGCUGCCCCCGUACCAGAACCGUUGCCUCAUCCGAACCGCAGAAAGCAAUCCAGCACGGACCAAGGACAGCAAUCAGCAGCCGAAGCAGAUAAUAUCCCCGAGAAGAAGAUGUCAAUCCAAGAGAUGACACCAAGCGAUGUCAAGGAACUUUUUCAAAGUGAUCCAGAAGUAGAAGUAUACGGAGAACUAUUUCGAGAAAAUGAGAUCGACGGAACAACUCUUCUGGAACUGGACGACAAAAUGCUGAAAGAAGAUCUUGGGAUAAAAGCCUUGGGGACCAGGAUGAAGAUCAAGAGGAAGAUUUCUUCACUGAUGAAUCUGUAUGGAGCCAAGCCCCAGGCAAAAACAACUGGGACAAUCUCCUCAAAACCUGCUCCUGUUAAGAACUUUAGGGUAGAGUACUAUGACGACACGUCGGUGAAAAUUGCAUGGGAUUCAUCGGAGGAAGCGGUAGAUGGGUACAAGCUUGAAAUUACGAAGAUAACAGAGCCAGUUGUCGUAGUGCAAAGGCGAAGGUUGUCACGAGAACUGACGUCGGUAUCUUGCAGUUCCCUACAGGAGAGCACAAGAUACACCAUCAAACUAGUGGCCCUAUCUGGGGGUUCGGAGAGUGAUCCAGUCAUUGAAACCAUCUGCACAAGCGAAGGAUACACAGACACCAUCCCUAACCGAAGAGAAACGGACACCGCACUGAGCGAUCAGGCAGGUUCGUCGAGCCUUGAUUCCCUGACUACCGGACCAUUAUAUCAGCACCUACGAAGCGAGCGGACACCAUCCAUUCACAAGGGGCCUAGGUAUGAAACUCCGGUGGUCUUCUGGAAUUCAAGUCUCGGACAGAGUUGGUCAAGUCUCCCUGAAGUCAUCCAGAGCAACGUCAAGUACGACAUGACCACAAAGCAACGGCAACUUCAAGAGGCUAUCUUUGAAGUCUUGAAGACGGAGGGGUCCUAUCUUCACAGUAUGACCGUCUUUGUCGAGCAUUUCAUGUCAGAUGAGGAAUUGAGAAGUUCGAUCACGCCCAGUGAAUACAAGGCACUGGUGUCAAAUUCAAGAGAAGUAUUGAAGGCAAGUCAGCUGUUCUUCAACGACUUGAAGGCCAGGCAACAAGAAAAUGUUGUCAUCACUGAUGUUUGUGACAUCAUCGCCAAUCACGCCAAGAAGGGUUUUAUGGUUCCCUACAAGAACUACUGCAAGAACCUGCCUCAUCAGGAGAACACCUUAAAGUCACUUACUGAAGGAACACAGAGCCAGGAACUGAAUCAGAAUUUCUGUGAUGCCCUGAAGAAACUGGAGCUCGAUGAAAGGUGUGGGAAAUUGCCAUUCAGUUCGUUUCUGCUGCUACCGAUGCAGCGCAUCACUCGGUUCCCGCUACUGGUGGCACGGAUCAUGAACUAUAGAGAGAUGGACACGGAGCUCUUUGACAAGGCUUUAGAGGCACUGACAGCGGUGAGAGAAGUCUCCAAGCAGUGUAACCAAGCCACCCGCAAAGAACAACAGAUGAUGGAGUUAGAAGAUCUCGUCAAGAAGCUACACUUUGACAAAGUCAAUCCAAACUUCUCACUUCUGAACAAGGAGCGGUCAAUCGUCAAACAGGGUGAACUAACAUGGAUUCCAGGAAGAGGAAAGAAGACGAAGAUUCACGUCGUGCUCCUGACUGACUAUCUCUUGGUGACAAAGAAGAAGGAGAAGAUGGGCAGUGUCUUCAGCCUGAGGAACUUCUGCAAGCGGGAUCGCGUGAACGUACGUGAGAUUGACCGGAUCUAUGACAGUUGUGAAGAUCUCUCAGUUGCCAAGAAGGAGCAGAAAGGUUUCAUGUCCUGGUUCUGGUCUAAACCAGUAGAAGAGAACUUCAAGUUCAGUGUGACUCUCCUCGAGGACUGCAAAGGGAAGCAAGAAGAAAUGGUGUUCGCAGCCAAGUCUCCAAGUGAGCUAACACGUUGGGUUGAAGCGUUCCGACAGCUGGCUACAGAUGAGGACGGAGGGAGGGUCUACCCGAAAGAGAACUGUCCUAUUGUUAGAGUCAUCCUCCGCAGGGAUCCAGAGGAGCCUGACGAGCUGUCUCUCGAAGAAGGAGACACCCUGUUUGUCUUGCGUAAGAAGCCGGACGGUUGGUGGUUCGGAGAGACCAUGCACGAUGAGAAGCAAGGAUGGUUUCCGGCUACGGUCGUGGAAGAGGUCAGGGAGAGCGACCACUUCCAGGGCAAGGAGCUCAAGAGAGAAUUCAGCAAGAGUCAACUGAAACUAGACAAGGAAACAGGCCUUGAUAAGCACACAUACACCGUGCUCUUCGACUACAAAGCACAAAUGGCAGAGGAUCUCAGUAUCCAGAAGGACCAACAGUUGAAAAUCCUUGAUUACGGGAAUGGACAGUGGUACAAGGCUCAGUCGUUAGACACCCUGGAGGUGGGGUGGGUUCCUUCAAACUACCUGACGCCUCUUGACGAACUGCAAGCACACGAAUGGUUCGCAGGACCAUUGGACCGAAGAGACACAGAUAAUCGUCUUCUUUCUGAUGUCAACCCAGUCGGUACUUUCCUAGUGAGAAGUAGAGAAGACAUCGGCGCCGGCGAAACAGGCACACACAUGUACACGAUAUCGGUGCUGCGCAACAAGACUGGAAACAACAGAGUGAACCACUUCAAGGUGCAAAAGUCCACUGAGGGAAAAGUGUUUGCUGUUGCUGGCGUGGAGUUUGACAGCCUGAAGGAACUGGUAGAACACUAUCUUGAGGAAGGUCGAAUCGGCAGUUGCACAAUGAGUACUCCAUGUCCAGCAGCAAAGUCAGACGUUCCACAGUCACAUGCCGAAAUCUGGGAGAUUUCACGAGACAACAUCAGGCUUCAGAAGAAGAUAGGACAAGGCAACUUUGGGGAUGUGUUUCAAGGUCUGUCAAUUUGGUACCAUUCUUCAGCCAAAAAUCUUUCAACGCAAAGUACAAUAGAGUACAAAGAAGAGUAAAAAUAACCGAGAUAGAGUCUUUAGGAUUAGAUGAAGCAGCCAACUGAGGACACAGAUUGCGCGCAUGCGACGAAUAUUUAGAUGAUGCCGUUGAAGGUGGUUCAUGGC